CCCCCUUGUAAAGAACCGGCAUGUAACACUUCAGUGCAUAUUUCAGGUCGCUGCUGUUUCUCCUCUCUUCCAGGAUAUCCUCGAAGUCAUCUCUCUUCUUUAAAGCUGGGUCUCUUUGCUUCGCGUGCAAAUGUGGCCUGAUUCACAUGGGCGGCGCCGUCCGAUCAGGAGAGACACGACUUCCCGUUCAGAUUGUCGCCUACGGUGGCCGAAGGAGGACAUGCAACGUCGGACUUCCGUGUUCUUUUUUAACCACGUGGAACUUGUUUGUAACUGGAGGUGACGGACCAAGAGAAGGAAGGAAAAAAAAGUUGAAGAAGAAGCAAAGUGAGGUUGAAGCAUCUGUAGACGACAUAGACGCUGCCCAUUCGGACUGCACUGAUGAAAAUGACUGCGGACCACGUAGUCCGGCCGAACCCGUGGUGCCGGAUGCACCAGACACCUGCAAAGCCGGUGGUGCAGCCCUGUCUGCACAAAUAGACGUCGUGACUUUCCAGGAUCCUCUGAAGAAAAAUAGUAAAACAAAUGCCACAAUGCCAGAAAAAGAGCCUCAGCAAGUAAAGAAGGGUGACAAGGGGGACCUUGAUAGAUUCAAUCUAGAAAAGGCACGGUUGGAAGUUCAUAGGUUCGGAAUUACUGGCUUCCAGAAGGAACAGCGAAGGCAGUUUGAGCAGGAAAGAGCCAUCAUGCUUGGAGCAAAGCCACCCAAGAAAGAACACAUCAAUUACAAAGUCUACCAGCAAAUGAUCAAGGAGAAGAAGUUAAAGGAAAAGGAAGAAGUUACAUCGGACACCAAAAAGAAGAAAAAGCAGAAGGAUAAAGAAAAGGAGAAAAAAAGAAAGUCGACCUCAAGCGCUCUGCCAACUGGACAAGUUGGCCGGUUCAAAAAUGGUAUGUUAGUGCUAAGCUCUAAAGAAAUACAGAAGAUCAAGAACUCCAGAAUGGCGAAGUGAAAACGGCUCAAAUCAUCAUUUUAUACAUGUUUCUGAAUGUUUUAUUUGUUUUUGUGUUCAGUAUUUUUUUCAUUAUAUUCGUAAAGUUUUACUAUUAAAUGUGACUCCCCUGAAGCAAAUGAA